GGCGGUGGCACAACUUUACAUGCGUCCACCUGAUGAGAGUGACGUCACCGUCGAGCGGAUAAAAAAAAGAAAUCGAUCCCGGAAGUUUUCUGGCAGAGUUCCUGCUCGAAGCAACGGUGCUGCCUUCGAGGACGGUCGUAAUUGGGACAUUUUCCUGAAGGCCUUGAACGCCCCUUCCUCAUCAGCGGACACCUGCUGCCUGCCAGUCGCUGCUGCACGCCACCUGUAGUCGAACCGAACCGAACUGACACUGCCAGGACGAGACAUGGGCAACGGCGACAGCAAAGUUCACUUCAGGAAGGCUGUGAUCCAACUCACUAGCACAACUCAGGCCGUGGAAGCCUCGGACGACGUCUUCUGGGAGCAGUUCUGGGCCGAGCCGUCCGUGUCGGUCCAGGACAUCUUUGCCUUGGUUCCGGCGGCCGAGAUCCGAGCGUUGAGGGAGGAGUCUCCGUCCAACCUGGCCACCUUGUGCUACAAGGCAGUGGGGAAGUUGUCACGGGCGGCAGGCACCGGCUGCCGCUCGGCGCGAGAGCGCAUCUCGGUCCUGAACUGCGUCCGUCUCCUGACCCGCGUGCUGCCCUUCGUCUUGGAGGACGCCGACUGGCGAGGCUUCAUGUGGGCCGGCCUGCCCGCCCGCAAGCAGCGUUGCCGAGACGACGGCGACGAUGCCGAGGCGGCCGACGCUCGCCCCCUGGGCGAGUCGCUCCUCAUGGCGGUGGGCGACCUUCUCUUCUGUCCCGACUUCACCGUCCAGGCUUGCAAACGUGACGGGCGGGAAGUUGGCGCCGACGCAGUGGACAGCUGCGAGUUGAUCUGGGAAACGGGCGUGGGCUUCUCCCGAUCGCCGCCGCCACCGCUCAACUCCAGCCACGACAGCAACAGGACGGAGCUUCUCAAGCUGCUGCUGACAUGCUUCUCGGAGGUACUUUACCUGGAGCCCGCCCGCCGCAGCGCCGACCGCUGGCUGCUGUUCUUCUGCUCCGCCGCCAACAGACACACGCUCCCGCUGUUCACGUCACUGCUGAACGUGGUGUGCGCCUACGAGCCUUGGGGAUGGGGCUUCCCCUACGAGCACCUGCUGUUGCCGGACCGGCGCUACCUGCUGGUGGAACAAGCGCUCCACGUUCUCCUGGUGGCCCUGGAGCGGCCCGCGGUCCACGAGACGCACUCAAGUGCUCCUGAGAACCAGUUUGUCAACUUCCUGUGCAGGAUCCAUCGAGAAGAGGACUUGGGCUUCAUCCUGAAAGGUGUGAGCCGGCUCCUCAACAAGCCUCUGAUGCAGACCUACCUGCCCAACUCCUCUAAGAAGAUCAUCUUCCACCAGGAGCUACUCAUCCUCUUGUGGAAACUGUGCCACUUCAACAAGAAAUUCCUCUUCUUUGUGCUGAAGAGCAGCGACGUUCUGGACGUGCUGGUGCCCAUCCUCUUCUUCCUCAACGAGGCUCACGCCGAUCCCGCCGGCGCGGACCUGGUCCACAUGGGCGUGUUGAUCCUGCUGCUGCUGAGCGGCGAGAGGAACUUUGGCGUGCGCCUCAACAAACCCUUCACGCUGCGCAUCCCCUUGGACGUGCCGGUCUUCAGCGGGACGCACGCCGACCUGCUGCUGGUGAUCUUUCACAGGGUGAUGACCAGCGGGAACCAGCGCCUGCAGCCGCUCUUCCACUGUCUGCUCACCGUCAUCGUCAACGUUUCUCCCUACCUGAAGACUUUAUCCAUGGUGUCGGCCAACAAGCUUGUGCACCUCCUGGAGAUUUUCUCCAGGCCCUGGUUCCUCUUUUCGGCUCCCGACAACCACCGGCUGGUCUUCUUCCUGCUGGAGGUCUUCAACAACAUCAUCCAGUACCAGUUUGACGGCAACAGCAACCUGGUGUACUCCCUGAUCCGGAGGAGGAGCCUCUUCCAGCGGCUGGCCAACCUCAACGCGGACCCCGCGGCCAUCCACGAGGCUCUGCUGUGCAAAAAGAAGAAGAAGAAGAACAGUGGCGGCGGCGGCGGCGGCGGCGGCGGCAGCGACUCGGACGAGCGCCCGUCUCGACCCCGAUGUGACGUGAAGGAUCCAUGCGGCGCCCAGAUCUCCACCGAGAGGUGUCACGUCGGUCAUGACGCUGCGGCCGUUUUGGACGCCGCCGCACUGGGCGACAUCGAGUCCAAGUCGGUGAGAGCCGGCGAGGGCAACACGCAGACGGAGAGCCGAGCGGCCGGCCAACUCUCGCCCUCGUCAUCCUGGAGCGCCACCCAGGACUGGGUGUUGUCGUGGAAGUCCAAGCUUCCGCUGCAGACCAUCAUGCGACUUCUGCAGGUUCUGGUCCCUCAGGUGGAGAAGAUCUGCAUCGACAAGGCUCUGACGGACGAACGUGAAAUCCUCAAGUUCCUCCAGCACGGGACCCUGGUGGGCCUGCUCCCCGUGCCGCACCCCAUCCUGAUCCGCAAGUACCAAGCGAACGCCGUCACGGCUUGGUGGCUGCACACCUACACGUGGGGCGUGGUCUACUUGCGCAACCUGGAUCCUCCCAUCUGGUACGACACCGACAUCAGACUCUUUGAGAUCCAAAGGACUUAAGAGCGCAUCUUUAUGCAAAAAGUCUUGAAAUAAAACCACCUGGCCCAGAAA